UAUUUUUUUAUAAGUCGGUAAAUCAAAAUGGUCUGCGGAGACGCAAGAACUAGGGCUGCGGCGGUCGGAGUAUUUGCCAUAAUAUUCGUAAUUGUCCUUUUACUUUUGAGUGCAUUUUAUACUGGAGAGAUCGAAAGAGACUGGGCCUACUACCUUCAAGCAGUUCUCUGGUUUCUGAUUGUUCCAACCGCCGUUGCUCUGCUGAUUGGGAUCUAUUAUGAAAAUAGUUUUAUUGUGAUGGUAUGGCUAAUUGUGGCUUCUGUGAUCGGAGUCAUUUUGGCCAUUUUCCACAUCAUAGCUCUAACGCAACUAAUUGACGAUAAGGAUAUUAUUUUUUAUUCGAUUUUUUUUAUCAUCCACAUCGGAGAGAUCGAAAGAGACUGGGCCUACUACCUUCAAGCAGUUCUCUGGUUUCUGAUUGUUCCAACCGCCGUUGCUCUGCUGAUUGGGAUCUAUUAUGAAAAUAGUUUUAUUGUGAUGGUAUGGCUAAUUGUGGUUUCUGUGAUCGGAGUCAUUUUGGCCAUUUUCUACAUCAUAGCUCUAGCGCACUUGAUUGAGGAUAUCGAUAUUAUUGUGGCUUCGAUUUUUUUUAUCAUUCACAUCGUUUUUUUUGCGUGUUGUGUUUGGUUUCCAUAUAAAUUCUAUAGCACGAUCUCUGACUCUGACCCUUACUAGACCGCGGCCAUUACAUAGUGAAUGUGAUAAGGACUCGUACUUUAUAAUAAGUACAAAAAUUGUUGAUUUUCGAACUUAAUAAAUCUUGAAGUUGGCGCACCGA